UGUCAGUCAUUUUUGUCAACAGUGGUGUGAUAGCUGUUAGCUUAAAGGUGAGAAGUCAAGUUUAUGUGGGUUUUAUCUGUGAUUUUGUUUCCUUUUACAGUCUAAAAAUGUCAAGAGAACAAUACCGCGGUGUUUAACUUCACUGGUGUGCAUGUAUAAGUUAAUGUUUGUUUCUAUACGAUGCUGUUAUACGAAAUACUGUAAUAUAGACCUUACAAAAAAGCUAUGCUAACCUCACGCAUGCGCAUUUCCGUCAUCUUCAGUUACGUCGGCUUGUAGUUUCUAUGUUUGACCAGAGGGGUUUGGCGCGGGAGUAUGAAAUGCUAGUUGAAGCAGACACACGGUAAAAGUCGCAGCGAAUGUUUUGGUUGCAUUUUAUCGGAACUAGGGGAUAAAAAGGUUUGCGUGCUCCAGUUUCGUUUUCUGCUAUGUUCACUAUGUUACCGUCUUCGAGCCGAGUCAAACUUAACCGUGUCGCGCUUAAAGACGUGGUUGGGAUUAGAAUGGUGCCAAGGCGUAAACGUGAAGGCAGAACGCUAGGUGACGUGACGACGGAACCAACAGAGCAGGAGGUGACACACCAACAGGUGACAGCUACAGCGUUUGACUCCAUGGAGGCAAAGAAAUGCCGAGUAGAUACUCAAAGAACGAAGAGAAGAAGAAAUUCACACAGUACGAAGGAUUGUACGGCGAACCGAGAGAGACCCAACACUGACGAGUACAAUUUCAAUACAUCUCCAAGAGAUGCUGCUAUCGAACGGUCUUUGAGACAAGCAGUCACACCUACCAGCUGUAAUGUCUUUGGUGAUUGUAACUACCUCACGCCACAGAAGAAGACACCACUUAAAAAAGGGCAGCCAAACAUCGAGUUUAAGACCAGUGAAGGCCAAUCAGAGACAAGCGCUAAGGAAAUUGCUUUAUAUCCAAGAGUGACACUUUGUGACAUAUCUCAAAAAUGUGAUGUGUGCACCCACAACUGUGGAUAUAAGUUGACUUACUUCCUUAAAACCAAGAGAAUACAUUGCUUCAAACGUGACAUGAGAACUGGAUCUCGCCUCAGGCCUAGUUGUGUUUGGCCUAGCAAACAAGACCGUACUGAAACUAUUCCUUUUACCAAUAGGUUGUGUCCUAAGUCUAAGGCAAAGAAAAGCACAAGUCAGUGGAAAAGACUGGCCUACAAUCAGAGACAAAUGACAAAGAACAUUUCUUCCAGGUGCAGCACGAUUGAUUUCCUCAACAAUCAGACAAGUGAAGGCUCUGCAACUUGUUUUAAUUCUUUCUUAUUAAGUUCUAAUAUAAGCGAGCCCAGGACUAAUAUGUUGGUCAGAGAUGUUGAGAAGGACAUUGGCCCACAAAGUGACUGCAUUGAAGCUUUUUCUGACUUCCAGGGCGUGGAUUGCAAAGACAUUCUGAAAAGUAACUCUUUGGAAAAAGUUUAUUCAGAACUAUCUUGCGAUUUUAAGGCAUGUCAAGAAUCAAGUGGUAGCAGCAGGACUGAUAACUGGGCUGAGAAAAACAGCGUUGCUCCUGAUUAUCCGUAUGGACAGAUGUGUAACUCAGAAGAAUCUGAUCCCACAGAGGUCCACCAUCAGAAGAAUGAGGUAGAAGCAAAUGAUCGAGAGUCCUUCACUUGCCAAAGAGUCCGGGUCUACUGCGGAAAAGUAAACAAAAACGUUUCUUGUGCAAGGACAUGCAUGCCUUGGCCUUUUUCAAACACACGAUGCACUUUCGCUGCACACGCUGAUACUACGGUAUGUCAAAAAGGAGCCAAUCACCUGUCUACUGGAGACAACUGUGACUUAUCACUGAAUCAAGAACAGAUCUGUUCAUCAAAUCAUCAAAAUAAUCACAUUGACAAUCUCUCAAAUGAACCUAGAGACUUUUCAUCAAACACAAUCUGCCAAAGCUUUAAAAAAGAGGUGAACGAAACAAAGGCUGGAGAUGAUAGUUUAGUCCCCACAAACAGAGAAAGAUGUGGUAUAGAUACCAGUGUUUUCUGGGAUAAGAACAACACUCCCUCUUGUACUGAAUUUGAAAUUGUGUCAGUCCCAGGCUUGACCCAAUCUACACCAAUUAAAGGACCGCAGUUGGACAGCUCCAUGUCCACUUCUUCCCCCUCAGAGCUUGGCCUGAGCGACUGGGAAACUACCAAACUUAAGUCUCCCGUGUCGUCGAACCUCUUACAGAACAGCCUCUCAGCCAUAGCAUCGCCUGUUUCCCCUUCAUUGGAUUUAACCGAGACAAAGUUGGCAGAUUCCACAAGUACAUCGUCUGGCCGUCUGGUAACAGAAAAGCAUCUGUUUUGCAGUGACGAAAUGCAGCUGACCUGUUCUUUACACACAUCUUCACCUGUUCUUCUGCACAGCUCCAACUCAUUUCAUUCUUGUGAAUCCUUAUCCUUCCUGCCUCAAGAAGGCAACAGGGAAGGUACGUCACAACUGGAACCUGAUAACGUUACACACCACAGUUCCUUGUCACUCAACAGAACCGAAGAACUAUUCACUGACUCAAACAUGGCUGAGUUACUGCUUUCACCAAUACUUUCUCCCGUUCGUUCACCCCAACGAUGCGUGUCCCGCAGCAAAGAGAAAAGCUCCACCAACCAGCAAACAUUACCUGGACAUGAUGUGACUCAUAUGAGUGAAGAUAAUCAAAACAGGAGAACAUGUCUUGACAUCCUCCAAAGAGCUUCAAAGGGAAAUGAAGAAAUGGAUGGAAUCUUGUCCAACUCUACAUCUGUCCCUUCGCACAAUCACAGUGUCCAUGUGAUUGAUGGGAUUCAGGAUGAACUUGAAAACUCUGAGGAUGAGCAACAGGAUGUUCUCUCAGAAAUUGUCCCUUCACACGUUUUGUCAAAAACACCCUGUUCUUCCAGAAGCAAAGAAAGAUCCAGUCCACCUGAAAUGGAGAAAACUGACAAAGAGGACGCUGCUGCUACAGACGCCACCAUUUUGGACGAGUUUUCAGCGUACGAAAGGGAUAUCCUGCUUGUCGAUGUGAUCCAGGACGAUCCCGAGCUGUUUGAAAGCCUUCCCGAGAAGGGUUUGCUUAAACUUGGUCCAACAAGAGUGUGGAAAGCCGCUAACAGAUCGUCCGUGAAGAGAUGUAACGCGUCAGCUGACGUUGACCAGAAAUUAUCAGGAGUUGUCGCGAACGUUGAAAGUGACCAUUGUGAUGUCACAGAGGAAGAUAACGACAGACCCUGGAGACCCCAGGGUAGCAGAAAUCCCCCUGCAGUGCAAAUACAGCCAGGACCUUCCUCAGACAAGCAAACCAGACACAAGGUUUAUCCCGCAGACAAACGGGAGCAAAAUCCUGAAGGAAAAGACCAUUUUGACGUCAACAAUAAUCAUCCGAGGAGUAAAGCGAGCCAGUGCUUUCAAACCUUAGGCCCACAGCAGAAAAUCUCCCCUCUCAUGAGUCAGAGAAACAGUGAAGAGCCAAGGAUCUCAAACCAAACCAACAUUUCAAAUUUCAGACCCCAGAAGUCUAAUACUGUUAGAAACCAGAACAAACCAGAACAAACCAGAACAAACUACUGCAGACAGUACUUCAGCGAUUCAAUGUCGUGUGGAUUCAAGGUGUGUCGAUUCCAACAUGUACCUAUGGAGGGAGAUGAGAAGUUCUGCAUGGAAAAAGUGACACAGUUUAUCAACAAGCCAAUAUGUCUUCUGAAAGCAGGGGCCGUGUUUGCAGGCUAUUACCUGAACAACCCGCCUGGCCUGUAUUUCUCAAUGUCAGUGUUUCUGACUCUGCUCUGGUCUCUGCUCAGAGCCAACAUGGUGUCCAGUGUCCUCUUAGUUCUCAGAGCAGGCCUGACCCACAAGAUUGCGCCUGGCCCUGAGUUCCUGCUGGCUCUGUACAACUUUGUGAGAGAGAAGGGUCUGAUGGGUUGUGUUCCUGAACUCAUACAACUUACAUUCAAGAUGGCCAGAGAAGGUCAGGUAUUGAAUUUGGAUUGGAUCGAAUGUGUUCAAAAUACUCCAGAGUUCCAGCACGCGGUCCAUCAUGACUUCAGUGCGUCACUGUCAGCCAACCAAGGUGCUCCAUUUCCAGAUUACCUGAGCCUGGCCCACUCCGUUGUGGAGGUCGAGCUUUGUACCAAGCAGGAAGACUGGAGGAGGAUGGGAAAGGUUUUCAGGUCUAUCUGCCAGUCCAUCCAUCAUCCCAACAACGUAGAACAAAUCUGCGGUCACAUUGCCAUCGCUCUCCUCUCUGACAUCAAAGAUAAAUUGUCGGUGCCCUUUGCUACAUUCGCUGAAGCAGUGUUUCAGAGCAAAGGUGACAAUGAAGAUGCCCUCGUUCACAGUUUUUUUGGAAGGAUUGGCGUCUCACUCAUGUUGAGGUACCACAAAACGCACCAGUGGGCCAAGGGUCGGAGGGUGGUGGAGGUGCUGUCCCUUUCCAAAAUCAGUUACUCCACACUUAAAAGUCUGUUUGGGAAUGAGGAUGGAACAUCACGCUGCUCACUGAUCACCAAGGCCNUCCUGCUGAGCGGCAGCGUGGAAGGAGCACUGAGCACACUGAGAGAAAACAAUUGGUUCCAGAGUGCUCCCUUGUGGCCGUGUGAGCCUGCAGAUCUGACAAGCAGGAGUCAUGUGCUAAUGCAAUUGGCUGAGAAAACAUCUCACCGAGACGCACUGGAGGUUCUUUCAAACCUUCCUGGAAUUAAAGAGCCAAAUGACUUGAUUGAUAUUUUCAGCUACUCGCCAGUGUUUGAACAUCACCUCCAAGUGUGUGUGGACAGACACAUCCUGACUGUAGCUUCAGACACAGUGGACUUAAUGUUGUCUAAUAACUUGAAAGUGAACCAGGUCGUUCUGCGUAAACUCUUGCACAAUCUUGGGAAACAAAACCAUUGGCUUCGUGCAAGGGAAGUCUUCAAACAUGCUCUGAGUGUAGGUUACUACCCAGGAGUGUCGGCUCCCUCUGGUUUUAUGACACUGAUCGUCCCCAGUCACCUGUGGGAGGUGGAGCUGGUCCUCACCUUUGAGAUGUUCAUUUCUGUCAAUGCAACGGUCAUCCUGCAACUUUUGGACAACACCACCUCCAGCCUCACGAUCACUCUGAAAAGGAUUCAAAGCCUUGAGAGUGAAUACCUGUGUGCUGGCAGCCGCCUCCUCUGUGCAGCCUGCAUCCUUCAGCCCAAACUCUCUCUUUACUUGAAAACCGUUAACUCCUCACAAGAGCAAGUUUUCACACUUAACAUUUCCUCUGCUCGACGGUGGCUUCACCACAAUCAUUCAUGGGCCAAUGAAGUGUGGCUCAAAUGACCGACUCCCGACAUUCAUUCCGUAGGAUUCCCUGGAACUACUUGACAGAUCAAAUAAUCUUGUAUUUCCUCAGUGUCAUUGUGAAAAUGACAGAUUAAAUUAGGAAAAAAUAGACUCACGUUCGUAUUGUUUUGAAUUACGAGUUUAAAAAAAAAAAGUAGAAUGGAUCUGAUCAUUCUUUUUGUUCAGAAUCGUCUAGGUCAAAUGUAAAUAUUUUUCUCUUUGUUUUAGCUGACUCAUCACUCUGUUUUGUGUUAUUUCACCUUGGAAAACCAACCCCAACACUAUGUUUGGUAGAGUGGGCAUCCUGAGAUUAGGACUUAAAUUGCAACUCUUAUCUAAAAAAAGGAAGAAAAAAAAGUGCUCAUGAAUAAAUUUCACAGUGUAACAUAAUUGUUAAUAAUAAUAAUCCGUUUAGCCGCUGACUGUCAAGUGUGCUUUAUUGUUUCUGUUUCUCUGCAGGUUUCACAGGAAGUUCUGGUCUAAUAAAUUGACAUUUGUUGUCCUUUACAUUUUUGUGACGCAUAUGUUUUUCGUCUAUUAUGUUGACUUACAGUAAAGGAAUCUAAUCAGCCUGGCCUGGAAACAGAACUGUAUCAUCUUCAGCUCAGGUUUUUCUUUGUUGCAUUGACAUAUAUUUGGUCGAAUGAUACGGCGCUAAUUCAAACUUUGUUUUGUGUAUCUUCAGUAGACACUGGUAGCUGCACUGAUGUGAGAGCCUUUUUUUUUUUUUUUUCAUUGCAGGACACCGGGCACAUAUAUAGUAAGCUGUUUCCGUUGUUGGAUGUUGCUCCAGUUGCUGACAAACAGUCAAAGUGCUGCGUUGUGGAUGAAAGGUGGAGAUGGAAUGCACGUGUGCUGAGGAGACGUAGUGGAAACUUUGGAAUAACAAAGUUGCAGAUGGCGCUGCAAGGUAGGAGAAAAAAUUAUGUAUAAUAAAAUAGUUAUUUAGUUUAUUAAUUCUCAAGUUCCUAAGUUCUGUCAAAGGAGCACUUAGGGUAAGAGUAGAAAUAGGCCAUCAGGGCCAUCACAUGGUAUAGACAGAUGUGAUUUCUUAACAUUGUCAAAAGGCCCAUAUCAGAGGAAAAUUGCUGUAAAUAAUAGCAAAUUACUGUACAGCCGUACGUCUGUACGUGCAUGACCCAGAGACGGCGAUAAUCCUCACAGAGAAGUGUUUGUGUGUGUCCCUGUCUCAGCUGCUUCUGUGGAGGGUGAUUCAUAUCACAUGAAUUAUUCUAGAACAUACAGGAUGGUAGUCAACACAGCCAAUGCUGUUGGGGGGGGGGGGGGGGGGUUCCAGCUCUGUGUCAACAUGGACAAAGUUCAAACACUGUGGGUAGGAGUAGUUGCUUUUGUUCAUCAUCAUAUAAUCUCUUAAAUUUCUUUUCAACAAAGUCAUGGAUUUUUAUUUUCAAAUUUUUUUUUUUUAGUUAGGUGUGAAUGGUGCAUAUUAAAUCAAUACAAUACAGAAAGAAUUUAAAUUUCCACCUGGCAUUGUACUAUGUUGCCACAGUCAGAAAUUAUUAUUUUUUAGAAUGUUUUUUAUAAAUUACGUCCAUGUUGUAGUUAUGAUCCUUUUCGGGCUUCUGGAAAGUCAUGUUUGUUUGAAGCAUUUCUUUACUUGCUUCCUUAAUCUUAGCUGUUUUUUUUUUUAAUAUUCCAACUUUUACAUAUAAGUGUUGUGUUGUUCUCACAUUAAGGUUAAUAAAUACACUGCGUAUAUUAUAGAAUAGACGCUGUCACGAGUUUAAUGACGUUGCCAGUAACUGACGUCGGGCACCAGUGACCACGCCCCCCGGUUGACGGGAACGCGCAUGCUCGCGUCUGAAACGGAAGUGAGUGUGUUUUUUUUCUUCACUUCUCUUAGAGCGGCUCAGGGAGCUGCAACCUGAGCACCGCGGAGGAUAAACAUAUACACACACCUCAUGUUUAUGUUAUUCCACACGGGAGUAAACAAGCGUAAUAACAGCAACAUAGUAAGGGCACGCAGUCGACAUCCGCUCGGUCGCUGGACCGACUUCCCUCCCGGUUAUCGGACACCGUUUCCCCCCCACGCUACUGGAGAAAACCCCUUCGCAUUCCUCCACGCAGAGAGACCGAGUGGGAGAGCUGCCGCCGCACUAAACGGCGGAAAGGGGAGCUGGAAGCGGCCUCUGUGCGAGCUGGAGGCGUUAAUUCACUUCCGGGGCUGCUUUUGGAGGUCUAUGUAAUGUCGGGACUCCCAGAGUGCUUGUUUGUUAUGCACUGACGACCCAGGACGCACCACGAGAUCCUCGCUUUGAUGAAUAAUUUACGGUCUCGGUUCGAGGCGCCUGCUGCUCCUGCUCCUGCUGCUACAAAGCGACCAUUGGCUGCGCCCGUCGCCGCCUGAACAAGCCCAGAUGGUGGACUAGAGAGAAAACGCCACCUAAGUAAAGACACAAACAGAGAAGCGCAAAUGAGCAUUUAUAUCAGGAUUUGAAAGACAUUUAUACGCGUCUGGGUGUUGCUUGUAUCCACAGCUCCGUUGUCAUGUUGCCGAGUCGUUGGGGGAGGAGAGACGGAGUCAUUCGUACUUCGACGCCGAUUCAGUGUCAUUCCACGCAAGGGUUCGUUUUAUGAUCCUCAACGAAGCACAAUCUCGGAGACUCUGUAUCGAGGCGUUCACUUCGUCAAUUGUCCUUUUGUUUGUCAGAUUUUAGGAACGUGACGCAGUU